AUGAUUCGUGUCCAAGCAAAUGAGGAAGUGAGUGGCUUUCUUUGGUUUUUCAGGUUUGUGGAAAGGGAAUCCUGCAUAUCUAGACAUAGAGCAAAUGUGGGAGAGUGGAUGAGAUUGAGAGUUCAUGUGAGUAAUUGGAAAUCCAUUGGGCCAGGUAGUGUUGUUGUAGUGCAAGAAAUCGGAUAUGAAGGAGAUGGAUGGAAUGGAACCACUUAUGGUGGGUUUUGUAGGGAGCAAGAAAGGUGGCUAGGGCCUACUUUCCAUCUUGAAAGAGCGGACAUGCUCGUGGUUGGCCAAAAGGUCGGGGUUAAACUCUAUGAAGCAGUUAAAAUUUGGGUGGUCAGGCUACAUCCAUGGAAGUGUGGGAGCAUAUAUGCAAUUGAUGCCAAUGGAAACUUGAGAAUAUACACUCCAGCUAGCUCUAAAGCUUGGAUGCUAGAUCCAUCCAGAGUAGAGCUGGUAGAAGAGUAG